AAAAAUGUUUUUGCUACACGUGUAUCUCAAGUGUUAUUAUAUUUUUUCGGAUCAAAUUGGUAAAGCCUGUAAUUAAGACUAAGUAAACACAUGUGUCAGGUUCGGAAAUAAAUGGAAGAAAGAAGAAUUGAAUUGCAGCUGCAGUAAAACUAAAAGGAAACAUGGAGAAAACAGAAAAUGAUGUCGUUCCAGCCCUAGAGAAUGAAGAAGCACCCGCCAAAAGGCAGUGCAUCAGAUGCUCUGAUGUAGAAAAACAAGAGAAAGAAGAUAUUAAAGAGAAGGAUUCAUCAUAUUUCAAGUCAUACGAACACAUUGGAAUUCAUGAAGAGAUGAUCAGAGAUGUUGUUAGAACAAAUUCAUACAGGUUGGCCAUCUUACGCGCCAGUGAGUCCCUCAUUGGGAAGGCUGUUGCCGAUGUUGGGGCAGGUACAGGAGUUUUGAGCUGUUUCUGUGUCCAAGCUGGUGCACGGAAAGUGUAUGCUAUAGAAGCCAGUUCUAUAGCUAAGCAAGCAGAGAAAGUUGCUGAAGCAAAUGGAGCAAGCAACAAGAUCAACGUUAUUCAAGAUCGUGUAGAGAACAUUGAACUCCCAGAGAAAGUUGAUGCAAUAGUCAGCGAAUGGAUGGGGCAUUUUUUGCUGUAUGAAUCCAUGCUGAAUUCUGUCAUAUUGGCAAGGGACAAGUGGCUGAAAAAGGAUGGACUCAUUCUGCCGAAUAAAGCAAAUCUUUAUCUGGCACCAUUCACCAAUGUAUCAUUCUACUGUGAAAGGAUAGGAUUCUGGAGCACUGUGAAGGAGAGGUUUGGAGUAGACAUGUCAUGUCUAGAAUCAGAAGCCAGGAAGAUAUUUUGUAGUGAUGUACAUAUAGAGAUAGUAGAUGACAGUGAUCUAUUGGCCAGAGAAAGCCUCAUCUCAGAACUUGAUCUUGAAACCUUGACGCAGGAUGAUCUAGAAUCUAUAAAGUCCCCAUUUAGAUUCAGCUGCUUUGGUAGACAGACAUUAUGCGGUUUUACUGCAUGGUUCACCGUGACAUUUGACACAAGGGUCAAAGGGAAGGAAUCGCUCUCACUGUCAACAUCCCCAGAUGAACCUUAUACACACUGGAGGCAAUGUUGCAUGUACCUUGACAAGCCUGUAGAUGUAGAACAAGACACCAUCAUUGCAGGGACUAUCACCUUGACACCAGGCAAACAGAAUAGAAGAUUCCUGAACAUUGAGUUGACCUAUCAAGUGGACGAAGGAGAAGCUGUGACAAAACAUUACUCUCUUACUGAUGGGUCUAGUUGACCAACAGAUCCAUACUGUUCUGUUAGUCUUAGCUUUGUGAUUACCAGUACUUAAAUCUCAGAUGCUGCUUUAUGUAUGUGGGUUAGUUAAAUUUUAGAUAUGCUAGUAAAGGGGUAUUAUUCAAACAUUGAAAACAAAUAUUGUGCCAAAGUUUGAAGCAUGAUGUUUGUAUUCUUCUACAACAGUUAGCUACACAUUAGUAAAUCUGGUUAGCCAUCCUGAACACUUUUUGUAACAGUUUCAUCUUUGUCUUGACAGCUGGCAUUGAUAAGUUACCAUUUUGUAUGGUUAUACAGUCAAACCGGCUGUAGUGACCACCUGUCUACAAAGACCACAUUUCUUGUUUCCCUUGAAAAUGGUUUUUCAUUGAAACAUGUACUAAAGGAACCUGUCUACAAAGAAUAGUUUUUGUGUUUCCCUUGGGCGGUCGCUAUAGAGAGGUUUGACUGUAUUAUUGGUUUCUUGUUACAUCCCAUCCAUUUUGAUAUGUAGUAUGGCAGGUUCAUGCAAGUAUCUGCAAAGUAAUAUGGGCUGAGAUGUUAUGUAUAAUAUGUAUUCCUCAUCUAUUAAGGUAUGUGAUAUUAUUAAAGGAAAAGUUGAUGUUUCAUUUUACUGCAUGAUUCCUGUCUCAUGUGAAUGUGCUGUCUUAUUUAUACUCUUAUAAUGAUGGGGGGGGGGGGGGGACUACUCAUGGGUGGCCUCUUCAUUAUUUAACUAAUAUUUGGUACUAAGGUAGAACAAAAACGUGCCAAAAUGGGUUGAUAGCUAUGCAUAGUGUUGAUAUUAAGGUAUAUUGCUUUACCUUUAAUAAUUUUCAGAUGUAAUUCUUUCCUAUCUAAAUUUAUACUUUAUUGUUAUCAUGGAUGUUGUAAAAAUCGGGAUCAAGUUUGAUAAACACUAAAAAUUAGGUAAUUUUUUUAAAUUGGGAUCUGUUCUUGAAUCUGUUCAUUGGUCAUCUAAGUUUCCAUCCUGAUAUGUUAACUUUAAAGUAGACCAGUGACAUUGUUGACGGUUGAUGAAAAAAACUGCCUAAUUUUUGUAUGAAAUGUUACUUAUUAUAUUCCUACUACUGUACUAAUCCUCUUAACAUGCAUAAAAUCCUGAAAAAAUUUCUCAAACUUCAAAGAUAUUAUGGUUUUCUUUGAAGGCGUCAAUGUGUAACUCCCUCUAACGGUAAAUUCUCCCAACCAAUUUCUGAAUUAUUCCGAUAAAACAGCCUUUAAAAAAUCUUUGAACACUUAAAUUUUUGGAAUGGUAAAUGGAGCCAAUUCAUUGCUUUGUGACGAUUUACAUUCACCUAAAAUUUCAUUUAAUUAUGAUAAGAUAGUAGGGAGAAUUUAGGAAUCGAUCAGAUCAAUUUUUAUCAUUAAUAAUGGUCUGUUUUCACUAUUUAAAAAAAAUCAGAUUAUCUUUAAUUGUACAUCUAGUAUUGAAGACACAACCAUAGCACCGUGACCGUUUUCUCGAGUCAUCUGAACAAUGUUACCAAGUGAGAAUUGUUUUCUUGAUCUUGGAAUAUACUUAAUGUACAGUAAAUUGUUUUUUAUUCUAA